GACCGGAGCGGCUCGGAGCCCGCGGCCCCCCCGCUCCGGUCCCGCUCCGGUUUCCCCGCCCGGCGGCUUUACCCGGGACCCUCUGCCGGGCUGACGCCGAGCUCUUCCGUAACGCCAUUUUGACUGCAGCCCGCGGCACGCGCUGCCCGGGCCGGCGGCUCCCUCCCGCCGCCAUGAAAACACCGAGUCGGUCCGAAAUCACCGCCGAAGCCCCGCAGGCAGCGAGCCCGUCCCCCCGCACCGAGCCGCAGCGACACGGCCCCGGCCAACACCGCGCCGACACCCCGCAACCUUAUUACCAUGAGCCGGGAGGUUAGCAUGCUAGCCGCCUGCCCUGCCCCGCUAGCAUCCCGGCUAACACACCGCGGCGCCGGGCUGGAGCUGCUCGGGUGGCGGCCGGAGGGGCAGCUCGCUCCCCGGCCGCGGGGCUCCUGUCUCCGGCCGGGACCCGCGGCGCAGUCGGUGUGCAAACGGAGCGGAAGCCGGCAGGUGGCGGUGAGAGGCUCCGGGAGGCUCCGGGAGGCUAACCGUUAGCCUGCCGUCCGCUCGCGGCUCACCGUUUGUUUGGGAAUGGCAACGCGCGUGCACACGCACCGGUGCGUGUGCCCGCGGUAGCCAGCAACAUGAACUCCUGGCGGCGGAGAGCACGGAGGGACGCAGCUGCCCUGCCGCAGCCGCCGAGCAAGGCACUGACACAGCAGCCUGAUGGCGGAGACAGUGAAGUACGUUGAUGAUGAGCAUAAGAGCAUCUUCCUGAAGCUGCUGAACGAGCAGCGUCUGGAGGGCGAGCACUGCGACAUCGCCGUGGUCGUCGAGGACGUCAAGUUCCGCGCUCACCGCUGCGUGCUCGCCGCCUGCUCCAACUACUUCAAGAAGCUCUUCAAGAAACACGAGGUGGAUAACUCCUCGGUCAUAGAGAUAGACUUCAUCCGUUCAGACAUCUUCGAGGAGGUGCUGAACUACAUGUACACGGCCAAGAUCUCCGUCAAGAAGAGAGACGUCAACCUGAUGAUGUCAUCAGGCCAGAUCCUGGGCAUCCGCUUCCUGGACAAGCUCUGCUCACAGAAACGUGAUGUGUCGUCGGAGGAGAAAGAAAAGUUUCCAUACGACAUCGUGAAGAUGGCCCUGCCACCGGACGCCCAGCUGGCUGCAGACAGCGAGGUGCAGGUGCUCGGUGAACACGAAGACCCGCCCACCACUGAUGACCUUGUGGAGGUUUCAGCCAAUCAGGAGCUAGAUAAGUCUCCCAGUGCAGCGCUGCGUGUGCAAGAAGCCAUCCUGAAAGAACUGACCAAUGAGGACGUCCACAAGGUGACCUGCUAUGACCAAGACGUUGUGUCUGAGAUGGAGGCGGAGCCUAAAGACCUGGGGGCGGGGCAUCACGCCACCCAGACGCUGUCGUUCGCAGACAGCAUGGGGGAGGUGAAGGACGAGCAGCCGCCCGGCUGGUCGACGGCGACCACAGACAUGAAGUUUGAGUAUUUACUGUACGGGCACCGGGAGCAGCUGGCCUGCCAGGUGUGCGGCAAGAGCUUCCUGGACGAGAACAGACUCAGGAAACACGAGAAGCUUCACUCUGCAGAGCGUCCGUUUGUCUGUGAGAUCUGCAGCAAAGCCUUCACCACACACGCUCACCUGAAAGAGCACCUGAAGAUCCACACGGGCUUCAAGCCUUAUCGCUGUGACGCCUGUGGGAAGUCGUUCAUCCGAGCGCCCGACCUGAAGAAGCACGAGCGUGUGCACAGCAACGAGCGGCCCUUCGCCUGCCAGAUGUGUGACAAGGCGUUCAAACACAAGUCUCACCUGAAGGAUCAUGAGAGGAGACAUCGAGGAGAGAAGCCGUUCGUCUGUUCGUCCUGUACCAAGGCCUUCGCCAAGGCGUCUGACCUGAAGCGCCAUGAGAACAACAUGCACAGCGACAGGAAGCAGCUGAAUCCUCUGCAGAGCGACACGGAGACGCUGCAGGCCGCCGCCAUGGCAGCCGAGGAGCAGCAGCUGGAGAACAUGAGCUGCUCCUAACAGCGCCGCCUCCCUCCUCGCCGCCUGCGGAGGAGCCGUGGAGGAGCCGCGGCCCGGCCGCCGUCGGUCCAAACACGCGGACCGGACCGGACCGGACCGGAUGAGACCGGAACUGAAAGUGAACUGAAGGUGUUUUCUCCUCCUGCAGACCGACGCUCUGACGAGUCCUCCUGAUGAGGAGCGAUGGAAAGUGACCCUGAUUAGCUCCUCCUCUCUGUACAGUUUAAAAUAUCGGGGCGGUGCCGCUCCUCCGUACCUUCGUUUGUUUCGAUGCCGUGCCGUCAGUCUUUUGUAAAAGUAGCCGUGACUUUUUUCAAAUGGGGAGAUUUACUUUGAACCAAACUGUAAUGAAAACAUAUUUUGAAGCUGCUGGUUUGUCUGUGUGUGUGGGUGUGUGUGUGUGUGUGUGUGGGCGUGUGUGGGUGUGUGUGUGUGGGAUCAACUGGUAUUGAUUUUUCAGGGGCCGAUUUGAUGCUGAUUAUUUGUGAUCCAGGACACCAUUAAUGUUCAUUUGUAGUAUAUUUGAAAAUUGCAGUGUUAAAAUUUACAGUUUUACAAACACCAACACAAAUCUUGUUUAAUUAACAUUAAUAUGUUAGUUAAAAAUACAAGGAAAUUACCAGAAAAUUAGAUGGAAAAAAAUAACCUGGAAAUUGAAAAAAUACAAGAAAGCUAUAUUUGUAACGAUUAAAAUGAGAUAUUUAAAGGUCA